GAGAAAAUAGAGUUAAGGAGAAAUGGUAAAAGUUUUUCCGUAAAGAUAAUUUGGCCCCCGCGGGGAGAAAAGCCCUUCCAGGCCAGCUUCUUGGCCAGGGAACCUGGGGUCGCCAGCGGAACGCAGGUGUGCGAGAGCCGGGAGCGGACCGAGCCCGGCCACCAAGGACUGUACGGCAGCUGGGGAGCGUGUUGGCGGGGACACAGGGCCGCCAGCCGGCCGCCGCGAUGCUCCCCUCCUUGCAGGAAUCACUGGAUGGGGAUGAAAAGGAGCUAGAGAGCAGCGAGGAAGGUGGCUCCGCCGAGGAGCGGAGAUUCGAGCCGCCGCCCAGCAGCCACUACUGUCUCUACAGCUAUCGCGGAAGCAGACUGGCACAGCAGCGAGGGGACAGUGAUGAUGGAAGCCCAAGUGGCACAAAUGCAGAAACCCCCUCUAGUGAUGAUUUCAGCCUCUCCUUGGCGGAUACUAAUCUAGCACCGGAAGUGGAGCCGGAGCUGCGCAGUUUCAUUGCUAAGCGUCUUUCUAAGGGAGCAGUCUUUGAAGGACUGGGUAAUGUUGCAUCUGUGGAGCUGAGAAUUCCUGGUUACCACAUUGGUUGUUAUUACUGUCUUUUCCAACAAGAAAAACUGCCUACUGAAACAGCAACAAAGGACCCUGAACAUAACCCUUCAGAGUAUGUGGUCUGUUUUUUAGGAGGAUCUGAAAAAGGACUUGAGCUUUUCAGGCUUGAAUUGGACAAAUACAUUCAAGGACUGAAAAAUAACAUGAACUGUGAGGAAAGGGGCCUGGAAAACCACAUCAAGUCCUACCUGAGCAGCUGGUUUGAGGAUGUUGUAUGUCCAAUCCAAAGGGUGGUUCUUCUCUUUCAGGAGAAGCUUACCUUUCUGCUACAUGCCGCUCUGAGUUAUACUCCUGUUGAGGUUAAAGAAUCAGAUGAAAAAACAAAGAGAGACAUUAACAGGUUUCUGAGUGUCGCUAGUCUUCAAGGUCUUAUUCAGGAAGGCACCAUGACAUCUUUGUGCAUGGCCAUGACGGAGGAGCAGCGUAAAGCUGUGAUCAUCGACUGCAGUAGCCCCCAGCCUCAGUUCUGCAAUGCAGGAAGUAAUCGGUUUUGUGAGGAUUGGAUGCAGGCUUUUUUGAAUGGUGCUGAAGGAGGUAACCCUUUUCUUUUUCGACAAAUACUAGAGAACUUUAAACUAAAGGCCAUACAAGACACAAAUAAUUUGAAGAGAUUUAUCCGACAGGCAGAAAUGAGUCAUUAUGCUUUGUUUAAAUGUUACAUGUUCCUAAAGAACUGUGGUAGUGGAGAUAUCCUUUUGAAGAUUGUUAAAGUGGAACAUGAAGAAAUGCCUGAAGCCAAAAAUGUGGUAGCCGUCCUCGAGGAAUUUAUGAAAGAAGCUCUUCCUCAAAGUUUUUGAUCACAUUUGGAAAUAAUUGUACUGUGAAGUUGUACAUUUAAGCUUCUGCAUUUGAAAUUGCAAUUUUUAUAAUUGUCAUAGGAUUGCUAUUUAAGAUUAUUUGAAACAUUCUAGAUUUUUUCAUUCUGUACUUUUCAAAUUUUAAGUAGAUGUAAAAGUCUGAGGAACAUCUUCCCUGAAUCCUGGAUAGAUGUGUGUGAGAAUUGUGGAACUUUAGUAUACUGCUGGUCCCAUAAAUUUUAGACUUGAGGGAGUUGUUGCUUAACAAACGUCAGAGGUGAUCUUGUGGCUUCUCUGAGGAAUUUGCUGCACUAUUUAGCAACCUUUCCUCCCAGAAAAAUCAUAAUACUUUUUUUUCAAUGUAGUAUAGCUUCUUUAAAAGAAUGUACUCCUAGUCUUAGGACAGAUUAACACCAUGACACCAUUUCAAAGAUAAAUCUGUGCAUCCUGUGGGUGUUUGAUAGAUUUUUUUUGUCUGAUUGAUAAUAGCAUGGAUGGUGAAGCAGCUUUUAAGUCAAUAUGCAAAUAAAUUGUAAGUUUUAAGAAAUUAAAUGAGCUUUAAAAAUAAAUGCAUGAGCUUUAAGAUAAAA